GUUCAGUCACUCAUUCAAAGUCCGGGGGAGCGACCUGGGAAGCGGAAUCGGGGCCUGAACCUCUGUGACUUGACCAACUGGUUGUUCCCCUUUGCAGACCCUGCCUUCCUCUCAGUCCAAACUCUCUCAGCCGUAGACGUCGUGGUUCCAGCUCCAUCUGUGCACACUUAACACACUUAACUGUGCAGGAAGCCGCUAGCUCCCGAUGUCUUCUGCCAAGUUAUGGCCUAUUGGGGCGUCAUUGGUCCCUCCGGUGAGCUGCGAAGAACUGAAGAACCCGGAGUUUGUGGGCAAAGGCGGGUUCGGAGUCGUGUUCCGGGCACACCACAGCACAUGGAACUAUGAUGUAGCAGUCAAGAUCGUGAACUCGAAGAAGAUAUCCAGGGAGGUGAAGGCGAUGGUGAAUCUCCGGCAUGAUAACAUUCUGCUCUUGCUGGGGGUCACUGAGGACCUCCAGUGGGACUACGUGUGCGGACAGGCUCUGGUGACAAGAUACAUGGAGAACGGCUCUCUUUCAGGGCUGUUGCAGCCCGCAUGCCCUCGGCCCUGGCCUCUCCUCUGUCGCCUGCUUGAGGAAGUCGUGCUGGGGAUGUGCUAUCUACACAGCCUGAACCCUUUGCUCCUGCACCGGGACCUCAAGCCCUCCAAUGUUCUGCUGGACCCAGAACUCCACGCCAAGCUAGCAGAUUUUGGCCUGUCUACAUUUCAGGGAGGGUCACAGUCGGGGUCAGGAUCAGGAGAAUCCAGGGACUCGGGGGGUACCCUAGCUUACUUGGCCCCAGAGCUGUUGGAAAAUGUCAACACGAAGGCUUCUGAAGCAAGUGAUGUGUACAGCUUUGGGAUCCUCAUGUGGUCAGUGCUGGCUGGAAGAGAAGCUGAGUUGGUAGACAAGACUUCACUAGUCCGUGGAGCAGUGUGUGACAGGCAGAUUCGUCCUCUGCUGACAGAGCUGCCUCCAGACAGCCCAGAGACUCCUGGCUUGGAAAGACUGAAGGAGUUAAUGACGCACUGCUGGAGUUCCAAGGCCAAAGACAGGCCAUCCUUCCAGGACUGCGAACCAAAAACCAAUGAAGUUUACACCCUGGUAAAGGACAAGGUAGAUGCUGCUGUCUCUGAGGUAAAGCAGUAUCUGUCUCAGCAUAGAAACAGUGACAGAAAGUUGUCUGCCAGAGAGUCAAGCCAAAGAGGUGCAGAAAUGGAUUGCCCAAGGAAAGCCUCAGUCUCUGAGAUGCUGGACCACCUGCACUUGGAGGAGCCCUCCGGACCAGCUUCCGAAAACUGCAGAAGCCUCUCUGAGAGGAGAACACAGGGAGCACCAACUGAGCAUGCUCCACCAGCAAGGGCAUCUUCUGACACGGUGGCCGGUACUCCCCAAAUUCCACAGACUGUACCCUCCAGAGGCACAACAUCUAGGCCGGUCUUUACUGAGACUCCAGAUCCCGACCCCCAAAGGAAUCAGGGAGAUGGAAGACAUGACACUCCUUGGUACCCCCGGACCCCAGAGCCAAAUCCAAUGACAGGGACACAGUCUGUCAUCUUCAACAACUGUUCUGGAGUGCAGUUUGGAAACUACAACUACUUGGCAGUACAACCAAGAACUGCCUUUCCCAAGAGGGACCCAGAACAGUUCGGCAGGGGCAGGGGCUGGCAGCCCUUCCACAAGUAGACUUCAGAGAAUACCUGCAAGAGCCUGAAGCAAGAAAUGUACCAUUCUGGUUAACGUGGGAAUAAAAGCACUUUCUAAGCAAAA